GUAGGUCAUGUCGACGUAACCUUUACUUAUCUAAAACUUCCCCAAACACCUAGAGUAGUGUAAGACUCUUUAAGUUUCAUUGACAGUUUAUUACAUGAUAUUAUUUUCAGAGCGUUCAGGAUUUCACGUACAUCAGGUAUUGACAUAGAAACUGUUCUCUUCUUUAAGGACUCUACAUAAAGUGGCAGAACAAUGGGACACUGUGUACAUAAAUAGAUCUAGACUAUUUGUUUACAACAGACUAGGAGGAGGUAACGAUAUCGAGGCUGCCGGUGUCAGUUUAGUUUAGUAUACCAAGAAGAAAUAGUUGUUUUUUCUUUAUACACCAAAAUGUGGAAAGCACAGCUUGUUGUACUCGUUGCUUUAGCCGCUGUUUUAAUCCAUUACUAUCUGAACAAAGACCAAGGCAAAGGAAAUCAGUUCACCCAACGACCACGAGACUUCUAUGAUUAUAUUAUAGUUGGUGCAGGCUCAGCUGGUGCAGUCCUUGCUCAUCGACUUUCUGAAGAUGCAGACGUCACGGUGUUACUUGAUGAGGCAGGGGGAGACGACCGAGGUAUCGCUGAAAUUUCAACCCCAGGUCUAGCUCUGUCCACACAGAAAAAGUCGGACUUGGUCAGAACAUUUGCUACUGAGCCAAACACUCAUAAGUACAAAGGUCUUCCUAAUGGACAAAGCAUCUGGCCACGUGGGCGUGUUCUCGGAGGUAGCAGCAGCGUCAACUACAUGCACUACGUCAGAGGCUCCAGUCACGACUUUAACCAGUGGGCGAACUACUCAAGAGACCCUAACUGGGGCUACGACCAUGUUUUGUCGUACUUUAGAAAGUCACAGAAGGUGACAGAUCAGUCUCUGAGCGAGUCGACCAAAUAUCACAGUCGAUCAGGAGUCAUGGGGGUUAGCAAGGUGAAGGCCACGUCUUUAUUUAGCAGUAAAAUAUUAAAAGGCUUUCAAGAGAUGGGGUUCCCUCUCAACGAUGACUACAAUGGUAAGUCAAUGGAUGGCAUUUCUACGCUACAGGUGACGCUGGAAAAUGGAAUCAGGUCGAGUACAUCUAAAGCGUUUCUUCAUCCCAUCCUUGACCGCCCAAACCUAGACAUCAUGGUCAACGCCUUUGUUCAUAAAGUUGUCAUCAAAGACAAGCACGCCGAAGGUGUGGAGGUGAUAUUCCAAAAUAAAAAGUAUGUCGUUAAAAGCAACAAAGAAAUCAUUCUAUCAGCUGGAGCUAUACAAUCCCCUCAGAUAUUAAUGUUAUCUGGAGUAGGUCCGAAAAAGCAUUUGGAAGAACUGGGAAUACCCGUUGUUGUGGAUCUUCCUGUUGGACAAAAUCUUCAGGAUCACGUGUUUUCACAUUUCCAAUUCAGUUUGAAGGAGCCUACCUCGCCUUGGUUUAGUAAGCUAAAGUCUCUAUUUUCAUCCAUUGAAUACUUGGUUUUCAAGACUGGACAGCUGUCAACGUUUGGGGUAGAAGUCAAUCUCUUCACGUCAAUCUCUGAGCAAGCAAGAGCUAUUGACUGGCCAGAACUUCAUAUUAUCUUUCUACCCAUGUGCUUCUCUGCUCAACUGUCCAGCUGCUGGACAUGUUUGCCUUAUGCUACCAGGCCAGCAAGCAGGGGAUACUUGAAGCUACGAAGUACUGACCCAUUCGACGACCCAAUUACUUUGACGAGCAAGCUGAUGCCGACAUAAAUUACAAAGGCCUAGAACUUUGUAAGAAUUUAAUAGACACUUCUGCCUUUAAGGAAUUAGACUCAAAAUUACUACGCAAUGUUCCAGAUGUUUGCCAGCAACAAAAGUUCAAUUCCAAAGAGUAUUGGAUGUGUGUCAUACGUUCCUAUCC